AUGUGUCAAAUUCAAAGCGAUGAAGAUAAGGAAGUGGAGCUAUCAGACAUCCAGCCUCUUUACACCAAAUUCAUGAUAGAGUGCCUAAGUGGAGCCCUGCAUCUUCAUGAAUUCCGCAAGAUCUUCGGAGUUCAGAGCACAUCAGAACAUGAGGCUUUGUACAUGGAAACCCUCUUCAAAUCUUUUGACACAAACAGUGAUGACGUUAUAGACUUUAUGGAAUUUGUAGCAGCCAUCCACCUGGUUCUGAGAGGCAAACUGGAAGACAGACUGAAAUGGUCUUUUAAAGUUUAUGACAGAGAUGACAAUGGAAAGUUGGACAGGCAAGAGGUCAAACGUGUUAUAAAGAUAAUUUGCCAACUUAAGAAAAACCACAUCAACAUGACACCCAGUGACAUUUGCUACAGGAUAUUCGAACUUUUGGAUGAAAACAAAGAUGGUCAAAUAUCCCUGUCAGAGUUCAUGGAAGGGGCAAAAAAAGAUGCCUGGAUUAUGGACCUCUUAAAACUGGACACUAAUGCACGUGGCUGGUUCAGGGAAAACUGGGGGGAAAAAACAUGA